AUGCCUCCAUUACCAGGAGGGCUCAUUGAGCGCCCGCGAGUCAUCCUCUACCAUCAGACAUUGGUGCCAGGUGACGGUCCAUAUGUCUCCAUGCUACCCCUCUUGGAAAACAAUACUGGCGCGACACAUGUUAUCCUAGCAGCUAUACAUUUGAAUGACGACCCAAACCAUAUCACACUCAACGAUGACCCACCAGACAACCCAAAAUUUGACCCCUUGUGGGCCGAAGUACCCCUUGUGAAGCAAGGUGGUGUGAAAGUCAUGGGCAUGCUCGGGGGUGCAGCGCAGGGCUCGUUCGCGCGACUAGAUGGGGACCAAGCGCAAUUUGAGCGUUACUAUGGACCCUUGCUGGAGAUUCUGCGCCGUUACGAGCUCGAUGGUCUUGAUCUUGAUGUUGAAGAGGAUAUGUCUUUGCAGGGUGUUAUUCGACUGAUUGAUCGACUGAAGGCCGAUAUGGGGGAUGGUUUUAUUAUUACUCUCGCUCCCGUCGCGGCAGCUCUUAUUGGAAUUGGAAAUUUGUCGGGCUUUGAUUACAGACAGCUUGAGCAAGCCCGGGCUUCUAAAAUUGGCUGGUACAAUGCACAGUUUUACAACGGUUGGGGCCCGGCUGAGGACCCACGGAUGUAUGCGGCGAUGAUUGCGCAGGGCUGGUCUCCGCGUCGAAUUGUCUAUGGUCUUUUGACGAAUCCAGGUAACGGAUCACAGGGUUAUGUCUCUGGUGAAAAGAUUAGUCCUGUUCUUGGCGCGUUGGUUGAGCAAUUCCCCAAUUUCGGUGGAGUUAUGGGGUGGGAAUAUUUUAAUGCCUUGCCUGGUGGAACAGCUAAACCGUGGCAAUGGGCCACGCAGAUGUCUGUCAGUAUGGGGUUGAAAGAUAUGGUCGCCGCUGCACGACAGGUUGCUACACCUGGGGCCAUGGCUAGCAGCUUAAAUAAUUUGCUGCAGGACAUGAUGAACCAGAGCCGACGAUCUUAA